AUGGCACAAUAUUGUGCAAAUAAUCGGGAUGUCGUCUGUUAUUUGGUCACUAAACAUUCUUGGAAAGGAAAGUACAAACGAAUAUUUUCUAUUGGAACGUUGGCCAUAACUACGUACAACCCUCAGACGUUGGAAAACACAAACCAGUGGCAGUAUGAAGAUUUCUUAGCGAUCAAACCUUCGCCGAAAAACAACGAUAGUAAACAGGAUGAGUUCGUCAUACAUGUUAGGCACAAAGACAGAGGGAAGAAGGAUACGAUGCGAUUUUCAUCCGACUACACUGCUCAAAUUCUCACUGAUUGCCUUCAGUUCAACAGCAAGUUUUCAGAGCGAAGUAUGGAACCUAUUGUGAGUUGUUAUAUCCUCACGUUCACUGUACUCUUUUUCAUCUUCUGUGAUUGUACUAUUUAUUUUCAUUUUCUAUUGUUUCCUUUGCUUUCGCCGCUUGGAUCGUAA